GAGAAUGACGCCAACCAAACACGUAAACGUAUGUCCUACGUUAGUCUUAUUUUAUAAAUAAUAAUUUAAAGUAUUUUGUAUAUUAAAGUAGCAAAUAGAAGUAAAAAUUAGUUUACAUGUUUUCGAUUUAGUAAGUAAUAAAAAAUCUAGCAAAAUGGACGAAAAAAUACGUCAAAUGGAGGACGAGAUGAAUAGGUUUGAGGCGGAAAUUGGAGGACAACUGGUUCCGCCGAUGGGUAGGCCUGUAAUUGGCUCAAAUACUUAUAGUCAAGUCGCAAGACAAUUGGAACAACACGAACUUCCAGCUCCAGUUGUUGCUGCCGCUGCUGCAAGUUUAGCUUUUCCUCCAAUCAUGGGAUUUCCGCCUCCGCCGCCCCCGCCUCCACCACCAAUAAUGAUUCCUCCACAGGUUGUCAGACAAGGUGCCGUUCCCAUCACAACCUAUUCGUCCCCAGCCCAAAUUUCUAAUUCCUACAUUCAAAAUAUAGAUCCUAUUUUAACGGCAACCCCAAAGACAUACGAAUCAGCAGCACCAAUGAUUCGGCCCGAAAUUAUCGAGCAGAUAAUUAACACAAAAUUGCCCGAAGAAGAGGGAAAAAGAAAACCGAAAGCAAAAGGUGUCAGCACAGCUGCUGAAUUAGCCAUUAGUCAGGGAAAGGCCAGUUCGAUUAUGGCGAAUGCGAGUGCGGAGGAAAGCCAUCCGAAAGGAAAGGGCAAGAAAAAUAAGAAAAUUAUUCGAAUGGCGGGCGGACAAACUUGGGAGGAUCCUUCUUUACUCGACUGGGACGAAGACGAUUUUCGAAUAUUCUGCGGUGAUUUGGGAAACGACGUCACCGACGAAAUGCUGAUCCGAGUUUUCGGAAAAUAUCCGAGUUUUCAAAAAGCGAAAGUCGUCCGCGACAAGAGAACCAACAAAACGAAAGGCUUUGGUUUUGUUUCCUUUAAAGAUCCCCAGGAUUUCAUCAAGGCGAUGAAAGAAAUGAAUGGCCGAUACGUCGGUUCCCGACCAAUUAAACUUCGGAAAAGCUCCUGGAAACAAAGAAACCUGGACUCAGUUCGCAAAAAGGAAAAGGAUAAACAAAAUUUAAUUGGUCUAUUGACGGGGCGCUGACUGAUUUUAUUGUUCAAAUAGAUAUAAUUUAAACUAAUGAAAUAAACAGAUUCUUAAUUAUUUUUACACUCUUCAAA